ACCUACUCUUUCACCUUUCACCUUCAACCCCAGUGUGGCAGAAAACAUGGCUGCCUCCAUCAGAGGGAUCACGAAGUUUCUGGGCCGUCUCUCGCCUUCCCUUUUACAUCCAUCACGAACGUAUCAGCUGUGUCUACGAAGGCUCCCUGUUGGAGCCGGCCCUGCUCCCUCACUAUUUACAUUUCCAAGUCACCUGUUCUGCACAGCAGCAUCGCUCCAACAAGACGAAGCAGCUCAAGCCGCUGAGGCUCUCCUUCGCUACAAGGACAGACCAUGGGAUUAUCUGGAGAGUGAAGAGUACAUCGAGAAGUAUGGGAUCGAACCGGUGUGGGCAGGCUACAGGAGGAACCACAAAGGGGGCAUCCCCCCACAGAAGACACGCAAGACUUGCAUUCGAGGAGAGAAGAUAUGUGGGAACCCCUGUCCAGUCUGUCGGGAUCCAAACGUCAUAAUCCACCAUCAGAAUGUGAAGUUGUUGCAGCAGUUUAUUAGCCCCCACACUGGAAUGGUGUACGACCCCACUCGAACCGGUGUGUGUAUGAAACAGCAGAAGAAGCUGCAUGAGGCAGUCGUGACAGCGAGAGAUCACGGCUUUCUUAGCUUUCAGAUACCAUAUGUGGAAUUUUCAGGAGAGGACUACUCCAAUUCCCAUGAUGCUGUGGGGUCAACACCACCCGCCCAGUCAUUGACCUCUGGUGAAACUUGGUACCAGUGGUACAGUGAAAUGGCACCUGAUGAGGAUGAAGUGGCUAAAGUGAAGAAGAAGUACAAAGCUUACUUAAAGUGAUGCUGUUGGGAUGUGAAUGGCUAAUAAAACAACAACAAAGA